UUACAAGGACCCCCAGGUCCCCAAGGAAUUCAAGGUCCUCAGGGGUCUCCUGGCCCUCCAGGAAAAACCGGAAUCACCGGUGCUAUUGGCCCUAAGGGACUUCCAGGUGUCCCUGGUUUCCGUGGUCCGCAAGGAUACAACGGAACUCAGGGCCCUAAAGGGGAUACUGGAACACCUGGACCAAAAGGAGCCAAGGCACCUCCCGGUGUACACGACCUCAGCCUUUGUCAACAUAGGAGUAAUUCUUCAGCAACGACAAGUGGUCCAUACGCUAACACGGCCAUUAGCGUAGUCGAAACAACUAACAAAAAAAUCAUUGGAGUGACGUGCUCAACAGAUGAUGCAAGACAGUACCUGCUAUCACGUGAUACAAAGUCUAGCACGCCAACCUACACGUGUACCUGUAGGGGCAGUGUCAGCCACAACUCAUCAGGCCUCAUGAAAUGCUACAUACACUUCUGGGAGUGUCCGCUGGAAACGUAAUAGUGCGAUGUUUGGAAUGACUUUCUGAUUCCUGCUCUUAUUGGUAAAGAUAUGUGCGGGAUAAACGAAUGUAGCGAACGAAGUAACAGUUUGAAGAUGAUAUCAGUCUCGUUCACAAGUUGCCAACGAUAUGAACCAAUGUACAUGAUUUCAGUUGAAUAUUUUUUACCCUUCGCUUAAUCAUUUCCGGACCGGCUCGCGUCAACCCGUCCGUCCCUACACACGUAAGCUUUCGCUAUGGUUUUCAACGUGUUAGCGGACGCGGUGCCGCACAAAUCUUACAAUAAUUUCGAGUACUUCCUUCUUAUUCUUAUAGUGGACGAACAGUUGGCCUUAAUG